GCUGGGAUCGAUUCAAAUAUAUAUAUAAUGUGGCGUCAACUCUAUCUCAUCAUUCAUUUCACCCAAAAUCUCUUCAAAUGGAGUUUCCUAAUCGUUUACCCGUUUUCUUCAUCUUCUUCCUCUCUUUCAUUUUCCUUUCAUUUGGAGAGGGAAGGGCGCGCACGGUGACAUUUUACUUCCGCAACAAAUGCCCAUUCACUAUAUGGCCAGCGACGGCGCCAAACGCCGGCCAGCCAAUAAUCGCCGACGGUGGAUUCACUCUCCUUUCCGGCCAAACACAGCGCGUAAUUGCACCGGCGUCCUGGACCGGAAGGUUCUGGGCCAGAACAGGCUGCAACUUCGCCCCGAACCAACAAGGGCCGGCUUGCGAAACCGGCGACUGCGGUGGAAAACUCGCCUGCAAGGGGCUAAUCGGAACCCCACCGGCAACACUCGUCGAAGUCACCCUCCAAGAAGACAAAUCGAAACCCAAUUUCUACGACAUUAGCCUUGUCGAUGGAUUCAACAUUCCUAUUUCAGUGAAUUCCAAACAACCCAUUUCCCCCAAGUGCGCGAUUGGAAGCUGCGAGAAGAAUCUGAAUGAGAUUUGCCCUGAUGAACUGAAGGUAUUGAAUGGGAAUGGUGACGUCGUAGCUUGUAGAAGCGCUUGUUUGGCUUUUGGAUUGGACUCGUUCUGUUGCAGAAAUACGUACGGAACGCCAGAGACUUGCAAGCCGAGUUUGUACUCGAGGAUGUUUAAGGAGGCUUGCCCGUCGUACUAUAGCUUUGCGUUCGAUUCACCGCCGCCGUUGGCCAGUUGCUCGGCCAGAGAAUUCGUGGUCACGUUCUGCCCAGCGGGUUGGGGUAGUGGAGAUGCGGCAGCAAAGGGGAGAGAAGAGAUGUCGGCUGAGUGAUGACCGUCCGAACCACGAGCGUGAUGUGGAUCGGUUUGGUUAUUUAAGUUGGGUCGUGAAUUGUGAUUUUUAAUAUGAAUGAUAAAAUCUAAUUUUAAUUUCAAUUUCAUAUUUCAGUUCAGUUUCUAGAAAUAGAAGACUAACAUUAUUAUCAA